AUGAAAGGAGAAUAUGUAGAAGAAAGAGAUCACCCCAACAUGUUUGCUAAGCUCCAUCAAACACAGAACUACCCACAACCACCUCUACACCACCACCACCACCACCAAACUCAACUCUUCCAAGCCACGCGAGAAUGUCAAACCUCCGAAGAAGCAGACAGUCGCAGCCCCUCCACCACCACAGCCACCAAAAAAGAACUCAUCACCACCGCGAACGAUGGAGCCACCAUCGAGGUAGUCCGCCGUCCUCGUGGCCGGCCACCGGGUUCCAAAAAUAAACCAAAGCCACCCGUCGUCAUCACUCGCGAAUCAGAGCCUUCCAUGAGUCCCUAUGUCCUCGAAUUACCUGGGGGGGUUGACAUUGUUGAUUCGAUUACUAGAUACUGUAGAAAACGUAACAUGGGUCUUUGUAUUCUCUCCGGUUCCGGCACAGUCGCUAACGUCACGCUCCGUCAACCGUCGACGACCCCAGGAGCCACCGUUACAUUCCAUGGCCGAUUCGAUUUACUAUCCUUAUCAGCCACUGUAUUACCAACCCAGAUGACAUCAGUGAUUCCGGCGACUGUAGCCAAUGGAUUCACUAUAUCUCUGGCCGGACCUCAGGGUCAGGUGGUUGGAGGGAACGUCGUCGGAUCACUGAUGGCAGCCGGAACGGUGUAUGUGAUUGCGGCCUCGUUUAAUAAUCCAUCUUAUCAUCGGUUGCCGGUGGAAGAGGAGAUAACGAAUACUGGGUCGGGUGGGAAUGAGGGACACCAGUCGCCGCCAGCGGUUUCUGGGGGUGGAGAUUGUAGGCAUCCGCCGUCUGCGGCUGAGUCUUGUGGGAUGGCUAUGUAUAGCUGUCACUUGCCUUCUGAUGUGAUUUGGGCACCCACUGCUAGACCUCCACCACCCUACUGAAAAUGGGUUUGGUUAGUUUUCUGGUUCCUGUUCUCUCUCAUGUUACUGUGAAAAUCUCUUUUGAGUUUCUUGUUAUCAGUAAUUUAC